AUGCCGGCCUUCCUCCCGCCCCUCUUCUCCCGCCGGCCGGCACUCCAGCCGGCCGCAUCUGCACCAAUCGCUGCUCCGGGAACCUCCUUUCGCGUCUUCCAGCCAAUCACGUUCAGCCGACGUGGCAGCGCUCCCGCAGCGCCAGCGCCCGCGGCCGGUACGCUGCCACGUGGUCCGGGGGCUGCCCACGUGGCACGAGUCGCGCUGCUGGUCGCCGUCGCUGCUGCGCUCAUCGCGUGCGACGUGUUGGGGCUGCACCCGUGGCACAGGAACGUCGCACAGGUCGCACAGGCGGGUCGGGAUGGGCAGGCGGAGUCGCAGCGGAGGCCUAGAGGGGCGGGAGAGGGCGGAGAAACCGGCGGAGAUGGUGGUGCUAGCGACUCGGGGGGUGGUGAAGGCAUUACCGGCAGUAAUGGUCGUGAUACUACCAGCGGUGGCAGUACCGAUGGUGAUAAUAACUGGGGCAGCAGCGGUGCAGUGGAGUACAGAGGGGCGCCGUGGAAGGCUGACGUGGGGCGGUGGCUGCUGGUGUGUGGCGACCAGCUGUCGCCUGUGACUGUAGGCGAGGCCCUGACUGCUCGCAGUUGCACCUGCUCCAGUGCAACCUGCCCGCAUCACCCGAGUGGCCCAUGGGUACCUGGGUGGCGUCCAUCUGCCCGGCCCACUGCGACACCACCACCGCCCUCUGCUUCUGUGGGAAUGGGACUAGGUUCCCCCACCGCCCCAUCACCCACCCCUGUGGGUUCGUGUACAGGAGCCACGAAUUUGUCUACAGUGAGGAACCACGACUUCGUCUAUAGCGAGGUGGACACAGACUUGCUCUUCCACGCCCACACCGGCUACUGCAACGCGGAUCCCCGAGUGGGCUUUCAGCGCGACUACACGGGGUGUGGCAUGUGCGACGUGGACGGGUACUUGGGGCCCUUCUGUGACGUGCGCGUGGAGUCAUACUGUGUCAACCAGUGCUCUCGGCACGGCACGUGCCACAGAGGAUACUGUGAGUGUUCUGACGGUUUCUUUGGCAUCGACUGCAGCGUGCCGUCCGCUUUCACUCCUCCUGCGCUCUUCACGCACCCAUCUGAAUCGCUCCAGCUGGAUUCGCCGCACGCUGACGUGGCAUCGACGGCUGCCGACGCGUCAUUAGCUGGCAAAGACGGGGGAAGAGGCAGUGGAAGCAGCACUGGAGACCCAGAUGGUGUCAUUUCCAUGCCUGGCGAUGCUGCAGGCAGCACCUCUCCUGGUGAUGUGCAGCGCCGUGUGCUGCAUGGUGCAGGCGGGGAGGAGACACACCACAGACUACCGGCCCAACUUGCUGCUGCUGCUGCUGCUGAGGGUUCUUCUGCUGCUGCCGCUGCUGCUGCUGCUGGUGCUGCUGGUGCUGCUGCUGCUGGUGGUGCUGGUGGUGCUGAGGGCACCGUGCCAGGGUGGCAGAGGAGGGUGGAGAACCUGGCAGCGCAGCAGCAGGUGAAGCCAUUCGUGAGGCGGCAGUGGGAGCUGCGCCGGUGGGGCAAGGCGGCGGGCAGCAGCAGCAGCAGCAGCAGCAGCAGCAGCAAGGCGGCGGGCAGCAGCAGCAGCAGCAGGCGGUGGGUGCGGUGGCAGCGGCCGCUGAUCUACGUCUAUGACCUGCCGGGGGAGUUCACGUUUCACCACAUGGAGGCGAGGAAGAUCCGUGCAUACUGCACCACUCGGCUGUAUGGCAUGAGGAAUGAGACGCUGUACAAUUUCUUCCAGCUCUAUGGCAUGGAGGUAAGCACACGUGCGGACAUUCAUUUGAUCCGAGCAGCACACACUAGCCAGCCCCACCUUACCACCAAUGCAUCAUUCUGUGUGUUCGUGAUGGGUGGUUUCUCUUUUCCUCCUCCUCACCCCGUUUCCCUUCCCGCCCCCACCGCACCACCAAUGCAUCAGCAGCAGACUAUUUUCUCCCUUGCGCUCUUCAAGGGGUGGAGAAGCUAUACUCUCCUCCUCAUCUCGCUCUUCCCUUACCACUUCUCCUCCCCUCCCCUCCCGUCCCCUCCCACCAGUCAGGUGGCAGUCAUAGAGUCGCUGCUAGCCAGCACCCACCGCACCACCAAUGCAUCGGCAGCGGACUAUUUCUUUGUGCCCGUGAUGGGUGGGUGCAUCACCGCACGCGCUGACGACUCUCCUGCCACUUUGAUGCAGGUGCGUGGUUGUGCUACUGUUGUGAGAGGUCUAGUGUGGCAUGUACACUGGUGUUGUGUUGUGGUGUAUGUGUGGGUCUCUGCGGGGUGCCGUGGAAUUGCAUGGGAUGCCUGUGCAUCACUGCCCGGACUGAUGACCCUCACCCCACCUCUCCCACAGGGCAAGUCCAAGAACCGAACCGCCGGUCGGCGUGUUCACGAACCGUCGGGCAUACUUUGCAGCGGACCACUACCAGCGAGCCUAUCUUUGAGGUCUUUCAAACCUACGCGCACCAUUCCCCACCCCUCCCCAUCGCAGGGCAAGUUCAAGAACCGGCGGUCGUACUUUGCAGCAGACCACUACCAGCGAGCCCUGGAGCACAUCCGAUCCGCCUACCCCUUCUGGAACAGAACACAAGGCCGUGACCACAUCUGGACCUUCCCCUGGGACGAGGGUGCCUGCAACGCCCCUAAAGACGUGUUUAACGGCAUCAUGCUAUCGCACUGGGGCAACACCAUGGCCGCCCACAACCACUCCACCACCGCCUAUCUCCUCGACAGCUGGCGCGACAUCCCGCCAGCGCUGCGCGGGCGGCACCCGUGCUUCGACCCGCUAAAGGACGUGGUCAUGCCGGCCUUCAAGCCGCCCAAUGCGGAGCACCUCAGGGGGCGGCUGUGGCUCAAUCCAGUGGAGCAGCGGCAGCGGCUGUUCUUCUUUGGCGGCAACUUGGGGCUCAACUUUUCCCACGGCCGCCCCGAGGCCAACUACAGCAUGGGCAUCCGGCAGCGGGUGGCGCUCUACUUUGCAUCGCAGCCCAACCUGCAUGGCCACGUGGGGUUGCUAUCCCACCCCGACGUGCUUGUGCUGCCAGGGCCCGUCACUGACUAUGCCCAGCAGCUCGCCUCAGCGCGCUUCUGCGGGGUGUUCCCAGGAGAUGGCUUCAGUGCGCGCAUGGAAGACAGUCUGCUGCACGGCUGCAUCCCCUGCAUCAUCCAGGAUGGCAUAGAGCUGCCGUUUGAGAAUUUCCUGGACUACCCAUCCUUCACAGUGCGAAUUGCAGAAGCCGACAUUCCCAACCUCGUCACCGUUCUCAACUCCAUCUCAUCCCACCAAGUGCGGGCAAUGCAGCGGGCGGCGAGCCUUGUCUGGAUGCGGUGGUUCUACCGGUCGGCAGUGCUGUUGGAGGCGGGGCGGCAGAGGGCACAGGGGAAGGAGGUGGGGGAGUGGGUGGCGGAUUUGGAGGGCAUGGAGGGGGAUGAUGCCGUUGACACACUUAUGCAGGUAAUCUCACCUCGCCUUCUGCGGGCUUCCCGGCCGUUAGGAUCCCCGUGCCGCGUCGCAAGUUCCGGCGACAGAAGCGGCGAGGAUCGCGGAGAUGCACCGAGUGACGCCAAUAGUAAUGCCGAUUCAGGAGCCGGAGGGAGCUCCCUCCGGCUGGAUGGGGUAGUGGAGGAGAUUACGGAGGAGUUUAGGACGGACGUCCGCGACGCGCAGAUUCUGCUUGCAGCGAUCCGAGCAGCCGUGAUCGGGGCAGUAGAAAAUAUUUUCGGGUCUGCCCGCGAGCAAGCAGCAGCAGUGAAGCGGCGCGGCCUGCCAAAGCUGCUGGCUGCGAAGCGGUGGCACCAAGUGGACCAAUGGAAGAACCCCCAGUCGUGGACGGUACUGCGGUGGGCUGUAGCGGCACUCUACCUCGCUGCUACAGUCGUCUUCUGCCGGGCGGCGGGCCGCACUGUAGCUGCCAGGCUGGCGAGCCGGCCUGCCUCGGUGGAGCGGUUUUUGGAGUUUGCCAUCCCAGAACCUACCCCUGAAAACGUCCGCCUCGUGCGGGAGCAGCGGUGGAGGGCGCAGGCGCCGCCAGGGCUAUCAGUGGUGAAGUGGAGGAUGGACCGAGACGGGCGGUGGGAGAAGGACCCUUCCUUUGUGGGCGAGACCGCGUGGCAGCAUGAGGGAGACCUGGACCGUUCCACAUCCACUGGGCUGCUGACACGUGGCAGUGACAAUGCUAGUGCUACGAGCGGCAGUGUCACGGCUGCUGCUUCCACCACCACCAUCACCAGCAGCAGUAGCAGCAAGGGCGGGUGGAGGGAGCGGUUGCAGCGGUGGGAGGAAGCAGUGACGGAGGGCGAUAUCAAGGACCUGUUUGAAGAGCCGUCCAGCCGGUACGAGUACGUGUACGAUUGGGAUCUGAUUCAGGCGCAGCAGGAGGAGGAGAUGGCGAGGCGGGCGCGGGGGGAGGGCGAGGCGGACAGCCCCGCCGUGUGGCUGCAGCGGCGGUGGUGGAAGUACCGACCAGGCAUGCCGUACGUGUGGCUGCUGCACAAGAUACAGACCAACGAGGUGGAUGCAGCGGUUUUCACGGCUGACAUGCGCCGGCUCUAUGUCACCAUGAAGGAAGGGUUUCCUGCUGAGUUCAAGGUGGACAUCCCAAUAGACCCCUUCCUCUACCCCUCGCUGUUGCUCAAGGGGGUCAACGUGGACAUGCUGCCGCGCUCGCGCCUCUUCUUCCUGCGCGGGGUGGCCGCCCUGCUGCCCUCGCUGAUGCUGCUGGGCGGCAUCGGGGCGGCGCAGACCGUCUUCAAGCGGCGAGUGGACGAGAAGAUCCAUGAUUACAUCUACAUGGACCGCUCGCAGCUGCUGCUGCCCGAGGACGUGCACAGGGAGGGGCAGCGCAGUGCAUACGACGAUGUGGUGAUGGCGGAUGACAUCUGGGAGGUGCUGGAGGAGGUCAUGGCGUACAUGCGCGACCCCAUGGCCUUCCACUCGCAGGGCAUCAAGCUUCCCAGAGGCAUCUUGAUCAGCGGCCCACCGGGCACGGGCAAGACGCUGCUGGCGCGGUCCAUUGCGCGCGAGUGUGGGCUGCCGUUUGUGUUCACGUCGGGGGCGGAGUUUGUGGAUUCCACAUCGGAGAGUGGGCUGGAUAAGGUGUUCAACAUCUUCUUCACUGCGCGCGCCAAUGCGCCGGCAUUCCUGUUUGUGGACGAGAUCGACGCCCUGGCGGGCAAGAGCGUGCUCAAGGACCCCGAGAGGCGCGACGUGUACGAGGAGUUUCUGGCCGAGCUGGACGGCGAGGAGGAGCACACAGACGUGGACCGCUUUUCUCUUCGACAGUCGGUGAUUCUGAUAGCGGCCACCAACCGCCCGGACGAGUUGGACGAGGGGCUGACCAAGGCGGGGCGCAUCGACCGUGAGAUCCACGUGGGGCUGCCCAGCGAGGAGCAGCGCAUCGCCAUCUUUGGCGUUCACUCCCGCAACCGAUUGCUUGAUCCUUCUGUGGACUUCUCCAAGGUUGCCUUCCGCACGAUUGGUUUCUCAGGCGCCGAUAUCCGCAAUCUGGUGAACGAGGCGGGCAUCAUGGCGGUGAGGCGCGGGCACACAGUGAUCGAGCAGGGUGACGUCGUGGCAGCGCUGGACAAGCAGCUCUUCGAGAGCCUCGGGAUCUCCAUGACUGACGAUGAGCAGCAGAGAUUGUUUGCCAAGGUCCCAGCGGAGGUGAGGAGGGUGCUGGCAGUGCACGAGGCGGGGCACGUGGUGCUCGCACACCUCUUCCCCGCCUUCGACUGGCACGCCUUCACCCACAUCCUCCCCGGCGGCCAGGAGCGGGCACUGUCAGUGUUCUACCCGCGGCAGGAGAUGCUACUCAAGGGCAGCACGAGUGUGGGGUACCUGCACAUGCAGAUGGUGGUGGCGCACGGCGGCAUGUGUGCCGAGCGCCUCGUGUUUGGCGACGACCAUGUCACGGACAACGGCCAGGACGACCUCAUGAAGCUGUCGCAGCACGAGGCCCCCUUCUUAUCCUCUCUUUUCCCCUCCAUGCACCCCACGUGCACCCCCACGUGCACCCCACGUGCACCCCACGUGCACCCCUCGUGCACCCCACGUGCACCCCCACGUGCACGCCACGUGCACCCCCACGUGCACGCCACGUGCACCCCACGUGCACGCCACGUGCACCCCCACGUGCACCCCACGUGCACCCCCACGUGCACGCCACGUGCACCCCACGUGCACCCCAUGUGCACACCACCUGCACCCCCACCUGCACCCCACAUGCACCCCAUGUGCACACCACCUGCACCCCCACCUGCACCCCACGUGCACCCCAUGUGCACCCCACCAGAUCGCACGGGAGAUAGCUAG